AGGAGCUGCAGAGAGCGGACAAGAUGCGCUGCCGGCUGCCGAGCCCCGGCUGUCUGAUCACCCUGCUGACGGCGGCGAGCAUCCUACCCCCGGGAGAGCCUUACUUCGGAUUGACCGGGAAGGAGCCGCUCUCCGUGCUAUCGAGCCCGGUCCUGGAGGACUCGGGGCCCGGGAAGGUUCACCUCAAACAGUGCGACAGCUUGAAGCUGUUCCGCCGCCAGAAGCGGCUGUGCCGGAGAGAGCCCGGUCUGGCGGAGGGGCUGAGGGACGCGAUCCGCCUCAGCGCACUCGAGUGCCGCUACCAAUUCAGGACGGAGCGUUGGAACUGCAGCCUGGAGGGCAGGGCUAAUCUCCUCAAACGGGGUUUUAAGGAGACUGCCUUCCUGUUUGCUAUCUCUUCAGCUGGACUCACACAUUCAUUGGCCAAGGCUUGUAGCUCAGGCCGCAUGGAGCGUUGUACCUGUGAUGAGUCCCCGGAUCUGGAAAACAGAGAAGCAUGGCAGUGGGGUGGCUGUGGGGACAAUCUCAAGUACAGCAUUAAAUUUAUCAAGCACUUCCUGGGACCGAGGAAAGCCAGCAAGGACCUGAGAGCCAGGGUCGAUAUGCACAAUACCAAUGUGGGCAUCAAGGCUGUGAAAAGUGGUUUGAAGACCACUUGUAAAUGCCAUGGUGUCUCUGGGUCCUGUGCAGUUAGAACAUGCUGGAAGCAACUCGCAUCCUUCCAUGAAACAGGAAAACUUCUCAAGCUCAAAUAUGAAACUGCUGUUAGAGUUCACAGCAUCACGAAUGAUGCCACAGGUGAAACUGAGCUCAUCAGCCCCAAAAAGCACAGUUACACCAUAAAGAACCACAUCCCAAGGACUACAGAUCUCGUUUACAUCGAGGAGUCCCCAAGUUUCUGUCGACCGAGUAAAUACUCUCCAGGAACUGCGGGCAGGGUCUGCUCAAAGGAGACAAAUUGUGAAAGUAUGUGCUGUGGCCAAGGUUAUAACACCCAGAGCCUCCUGGUGCAUAGACCCUGCCACUGUCAGGUGCAGUGGUGCUGUUAUGUGGAGUGCCAGCAAUGUUCUCAAAGAGAAGAGAUUUACACUUGCAAGCACUAACAGGAAGAAAAUGAGACAAUGAAGAAGAGGAUAACAAAAUAUAACCACGGUUUGUGGUCUCUUGUAAUAAUGAGACAAACUCGUAUAAGCCCAGAAAAGACACUUGUGAAACGUUCAAGAUAAAUUUCAUUGACUCCAUUAUUGAAAAUGCAAGCUUUUGGAAUUUAAAGAACCUUACUUCAGAAGAUAUUUAUACAAUUCAUUUCAUUUGGGAAAUCCAGAUCUAUCCAAUUGUCAGAACAGUCCAAAAUGUGUGCUGGGAUUUCGUGUUGGCUGGUAUAAUUGGCCAAAUUGAUAGAAGCCACACAAGAUGGUUUUAGAAUACUCUCCUUCAUUUCAUUUCAGUUAAAGAGUGACCAGUAAAUAAAUAAUGACCCACAAAGGUAUUCUGACUGCUUAAACAUGUUCUCUUUGAAAUUGUGGGUGCAGUGCUGGGGAAUGGGUGAAACUGUUUGUUGGGCCAAUCCUAUAAAGAGUACAAACAAAACCUCCUAUGAUACAGGGUGUGAGAGGGACUGCAACUUCCUCUACCCAUCAUUGUUCAAAGGAGCCUUCAUCUCGUAGUCAGAUUGAUGGAGGCUGUUAUUUAACCUCUGCUCAAGUUUUGAACCAACAUGCCCCCAGGACAGUAUUAACCUUUAUCUAGGUUUGUCCCUGUGUUCUUUCAGCUGUUCUGCUACUCAGUCACCUGCAUAGCAUGUUGUGAAUGAAAUGCAUGCACAAUGAAUAACGUUCGCUGAGGCUACAGAUUCCUGGUUAGUGAUCACGUGUGAUGACUGCAUAAGAGAGACUCUCACAGUCUUUCAAAAAUAAUCAAUAGUUACAAAAUGUAGAACAAGAUAGUAUAACUUUUAGCAAAAGAAAAUACACAUCUUAAACAUAAAAUCUGUUUAUAAAACUUGUUUGAUCUAAAUCCUGUUUUCAUGCUGCGGUGUGUGAAUGGCUAGUUCUGUUCCCAGAAGUAGGACAUCAAGCCCCAGACUUUGUGGUGAACAGGGAAAUGUCUGCUUUUAUCUUUGAUCUUAAGGAAAGCUGUCCGGAUUUCACAUUUCCAGGCAUUCAUUUGAUCCUGGCAUCUACUCCAGUGGAUCUUUUGCAUUUAGUAAUAGUGGUUGUCAGCAAACAAACUAAGUGGCCUAUGACAUUAAACUUUUCUCACAGACAGCUAAACAGGAAGUAAAAUGCACUGAAUGUGCAUCACUUUUUAACCAUUUUACAGACAGUGAAAUAAAAAUUGAGAUGUACACAUGGGAGCAAGAUAGAAGUUGAAAUACUGUAAAUAAACUUUAAAACAAAAAUAUUUUUUAUUAGCAUUAAAACUUUUAUCAUAAUGAAGAAAUUUUGCAUAACACAAAUGAUAUUUGUUCAUCAGGAUCAGAGAUGUUGCUCAUAAAUAAUUAUGAUUUUGCAUGUUGUUAAAAAAAUUACAUCUCACUCAACAAAGCUUAGUAUAGUUGAAGGGUUUUAAAGUGAGAUUAAAUUGUAAAAACUGGAAGUUCAUGUAAAUUCAAUGACUUCUAAAGAUUUCCAUCCUCAGGAAUUCUUUAGGGCACUCUGAGAUGGAACAGGGAAUCUCUGCAGCAAUGUCUAGAUUUCUGCACUGAACUCUGCAUACCCAGAUGCUGGAACCUGCUGUCAUUCUCACAGUUUUAAUGACUGCAAAUGUUGACAGUUUCAUUGUCACUUAAACCACAACAUUUGGCAAAUUGUCUCAAACAUAGAAAAUUAGGAAUGACCUAGCAAGCACAACAAGACUAUCCUUUUCUUGAUCACAACCCUACUAGUUAACUUCUCACCUCAUUUCUAAAUCCCCCAUCUUAAAUUGACAUCUAUUAUGUAUUUAACUUCAUGGUGGCUCAGUAGUUAGCACUGCUGCGUCACAGUGUCAGACCCAUGUUUGAUUCCACCCUUGGUUGACCGUCUGUGUGGAGUUAGACAUAUACCCCUUGUGUGUACUGAUUCCCUCCUACAGUCCCAAAGAUAUGUGGGUUAGAUGGAUUGGCCAUGUUAAACUGCCCAUAGUGUCCAGGGUUGUGCUGGCUAGGUGGAUUAGCCAUGGGAAAUGUAGAGAUGGAGUAGGGGGUGGUGGGAUGCUUUGCAGAGGGCCAGUGUGGACUCAAUGAGCUGAAUGACCUGCUUCCACACUGCAGAGAAUCAAUGUGCAUUGACUUUGGGUGAAAAUAUUUUGCUUGAAUUUCCUCUUAAUUUGCUCAUUUUUACACGUCUCCUUAUAUUCAAGCCGAUCCGUACGUUGUGCAAUGCAUUUGCAGAUGCUUCAUCAAUUCUUUCCCUGCCCCUAAAAAUGUUUUAUUUUUGUCUAAGAAACAAAGGCCAACAUUGUGAAUAUUUCUUUUUUACUUAAUAAUACUCAAAAUGAAAAGGGAAAGUUGUAUUCACAUUUAGACUCAGGUGCUGUUGAGAGUCCAUCAAAGGUAUAAACAAGCUGAUAAAACUGGUAAUGAGAAUCUCGAAUGGAGACAUACUAGCCUUUUUGAAAAUUAAGAUAUAUUAUUUAAGAUAUGGUAAUUGGUGCAUGUCUAUAAUGUAAAUAUUGAUGUUUAUUUUACAAGUUUUUACGGACUAUUGUAAGAAGCUUAAAGUUUAUUUUUUAAUCUAAACUGGAAUAGAUGCAUUUCUACUAACAGACCUAGUUAGGAAAUAACUUUGCCCCAAAUACUAAUGGUAACAUCAAAAAAAAUCUGCAUCAAAGUGUGUUUUUACACAAAUGUGUAUUUGGUAUGCAGUGGAGAUACAUAAGAUGUGAAAAAUAAUUCACAAGGAUUUCUUCACAUAUCGGCGUAGUGACAAGUGCAGUAUUAAUUGUAUUCUGCACAUUCAUAUUGCAUGUUUGGUUUCAUUGCCAAGCAUUUAAAGAUGCAUUUUUGUCUGCUGGUGGAAGCAAGUUGCUGAGAAAAGUUACUGGGAGCAGCAUGGCGACUUAGUGGUUAGCACUGCUGCUUCACAGAACCCAGGUUCAAUUCCACCCUCAGGUGAAAGUCUGUGUGGUGCAUGUAUAUUCUCCC